CGAUCUAAUUGUUUAACACCCGAUGGCUUUAAGCCCAACUGAUUAUGCCCGAUCUAAUUGUUUAACACCCGAUGGCUUUCAGCCCGACUGAUUAUGCCCGAUCUAAUUGUUUAACACCCGAUGGCUUUCAGCCCGACUGAUUAUGCCCGAUCUAAUUGUUUAACACCCGAUGGCUUUAAGUCCGACUGAUUAUGCCCGAUGGUUUCCCAAGUUAUUAUGCCCGAUCUAAUUGUUUAAAACCCGAUGGCUUUAAGCCCAACUGAUUAUGCCCGAUCUAAUUGUUGAACACCCGAUGGCUUUAAGCCCGACUGAUUAUGCCCGAUCUAAUUGUUUAACACCCGAUGGCUUUAAGCCCGACUGAUUAUGCCCGAUCUAAUCGUUUAAAGCCCGAUUAAAUUGUUUAACGCCCGAUUGAAUUGUUUAACGCCCGAUUGAAUUGUUUAACGCCCGAUUGAAUUGUUUAACGCCCGAUUGUUUAAAGCCCGAUUGAAUUGUUUAAAGCCCGAUUGAAUUGUUUAACACCCAAUGGCUUUCAGCCCGCAUUAAUUAAACACUGUCCGAUCCAAUUGUAUUUUUGUCCCGAUCCAAUUGCAUUUUUGUCCAUAUCCACACCUCAUACAGUUGGUAGAACAUUGGGCUAGUAUCCCAAAGGUGGCGGGUUCGACUCCCACCGUGACCAAGCAAACUUUUCAGCUUGCCCGCUGUGGAUGCAUAUUCAGAGUAACGUCACAAAUAUCAUACUAAAACUCCGUUUUCUGACCAUCAGAAUUCUGUCAAAACUUCUCCAAAGUCCAGGAAAUGGCAUUUCAGAGAAUCUAAAUUUAAAAAUUUCCUCGGGCCUUCGGCCCUCGUUCCCAGCCCCCAAUAAAAAUGAGCUUCCUACGAUGCAAAAACUAGACUUGCUCCAAGUAAUUGUAUGUAACGUACAAUAUAGAUGUACAAUAUAUAGAUGUCCACAAAGAGAGACUUGGAGCAAAUCUAUGCAAAAACAUGCAGUUGACUGGCCAGAAGGCGGGGCCUUCAGCCAAUACAGCGCGUUUAUUGGCCAGAAAAUGUAAUCGACUGGCUAGGAAGAUGGCGGCCAGGGGCCCUUCUGUGUGCCUUAUUCUGUGCCAUGGGCACAGAAUACUACACCACAGAAUAGAUACUGGACCAGAAGUGUCACUCAGACGCACUGCUCAGACGAUAUUUUUCCGAAAUUCUACGAGUGCUGACGUGAAAAUACGCCAUCAUAUCACGCCAUCCUGGAGUGCACACGGAAGUUUUUCAUAGGCCAAGCACAGCCUCGUACCCAGGCGCUAAAAAUGGGCACACUACAGUGUUUUUAUAUAGAUCAGUGGCGCGACCACCCCGCGCCACAGAAUAAGGUACACAGCAACCUCGUCCCAGGGACCGCGGAGACGGGGGGGGGGCUGGGGGGGGCUUUAGCCCCCCCCACUUUUUUUGACAGCCAAAAUUAUUAAAAUAGAAAUCUAAAUGAAACUUUCUAAAUUAAUUAAUUGGGGGUUUUAUUGAUGAUUUAGCCCCCCCACUCUCUAAUACGCUACGCGGGCCCUGCGUCCCCAGGGCCUAUUGAGGAAGGAGGCGAAGCUGCCCUUAGCAUCUUUCCUCAAAAGGCCCUGGGGACGAGGUUGGCCACAGAAGGUCGACUCGAGUAACGCUGCCACGCCAUGAUUCAUCAUCAAAAUGCUGACGCCAUGGUCAUAGGCAGUGCGGGUUUGAGAGGCAUUCCCCCCUGGACAUCUGCCAUUUUGAAUAAUAUCAGGGUGGUGAAUGCCUCUCAAACGCGCACUGGCUAGGACCAUGGCGUCCGCAUUUGAUGACGAAUUACGGGUUACGCCAAAAUCAUAGCAAAAUCAUAGGAAAAACAAAGAAGUCGGGCUUCUGUGUACCUUAUUCUGUGCCCGCGCGCUCGCUCAUCUUAGCCACUGAUCUAUAUAAAAGUACUGUAGUGUGCCUAUUUUUAGUUAAUUGCGCCUGGGUACGAGGCUGGGCCAAGCACAGGUACAAGUGCUGUGUGCACUCCAGGAUGGCGUCAUAUAUAGCACGUAAAAAAAUUUUUGACAUUUUCCUUCAGCCAAAACACAUAGGAGUGUCACUUCUGGUCCGGUAUGUGUUCUGUGACUACACAUAUAAAGUCCAUAUGGCUUCAUUGUUUUUUGCGUAAGCUCUAUUCGUCAUGAUUCGUCACUCAGCAAGUACCGUAAACAGAAGCAGUCACCCCCUGGACAUGCGCCAUUUUUAGUAUUUCCAGGGAGGUGACUGCUUCUGAUUACAGUACUUGCUGAGUGACGAAUCAUGACGAAUAGAGCUUACGCAAAAAACAAUGGAGAUGGACUUCUGUGUAGUAUUCUGUGCCAUGGGCGUACGGGAAGGAAAAAAUUAGAGGGAUGGAAAGAAAUUUGCCCAACUUUUUUGGAUUGUGCAGGAGUUGUCAAGUUGUCAGGGGUGAAGCGAAAUUUUAGUGCGGUUGAACACUUUAUUAGAGGGGUUAGAGAGAUUCUGCGGGGGGGGAGGGGGGGUAAUUAACCCCCCCAGUAAAUCUGCUCAUGAUUCAUGAAUAUUAAAAUGAGAAAAAUCGAUACUUUAUACCGUAUUCAGUAUUCCCAGCCAUUUUCCAAAACUGAUGACACAUGAUUUGGUGAGAAAAUUUAUCCCAGUUGUACCCAAGAUCCCACUGUGUCCCUGUCCAUAUAUGCAAAAUGACAAAAUUUGUCACAAAUACCUAUGCCCCCGGGACUAUACUGAUUGUCAAAUUCCCCACUCAUGGGAUAUACUUUCUCGUCAAAUCCCCCCCCCUUGCCCCGUCUCCCUCCCCCCCACCCCCCCACCGGCCUAACAUUGUUAGGUGCAUAAUGCAGUCUAAUCCAAGCUAAUUGAUGCAGGUUAAUGCCAUCUAAUGCACUGUAAUAUGCAGUCUAAUCCGAGCUAAUGCAGGUUCAGCCUAGUUUCCAAUUGGUCGUUAGUUGUCGCUGGCACCACAAGCGGUAGAUUUGAAAUAGUCUAAUGUAAUAAUAGUCCUUUUGUGCGUUAUAUGCAAAUCAGUUUUAAUGAUUGCAGAGUUUUAUAAAGUUUUGUUGACACUCUAUUACAUCAGCUACUUGUCGUGCCAGCGACAACUAAUGACCAAAUGGAAACUAGGCUUUAAUGGCAUCUAUUAACCCCAUCUAAUGCAGGAUAAUGCAGUCUAAUCCAAGCUAAUGCAGGAUAAUGCAGUCUAUAAAUCCAAGCUAAUGCAGGUUAAUGCCAUCUAACGCAGGCCAGGGUAAUGCAAGGUGAUGCAUCUAAUCCAAAGCUAAUUAAUGCAGGUUAAUGCCAUCUAAUGCAGGCUAAUGCUAAUGCAGGCUAAUGCCAUCUAACGCCAUAGGGUAAUGCAAUCUAUAUAAUAUUUUUUAUAGAAUAUCAUGUAAACAUCCCUUGUGAAAAUUCGCAUAUAGACUAUAGUUGACGGGGCCAGCGUGUGUCUUUUAAAUAAAGUUUUACCUACCUACUAAUAUGCAGUCGAAAUGUUGAAUGUAAACUAAUGCUGUUAAUACAGUCUAAUGUGUGCUAGUGAAGGCUUAAGGCGGAUUUCUAUUCAGUGCAAAACGUUAUGUGAUCAAAUACAAACAGUCAAGCGAAACUAAAUCUCAUCAGCUGCAGCGACUGCAUACAUCUCGAAAGAAAGCGAUCACAAACAAUCGACAAGAAACUGAAUGGAAAUCUGCCUUAAUUUAAUACCAUCUAAUUUAAUCUAGUAGUGUAAGUUACUGUUUAAUUAAAACAAGAGCAUUAGUGUUUUAUCAGAUAUAAAGAUACAAGGUCAUGCCGAGCAUCUUUAGGUCCAAAAAAUCAUCCAAUGCCAAUGCAAAUGUUUUAAAUUGCUUAAAAAAUGGUCGACCUAGUAAUUAAGUUCACUGGCAAAGUAAUUUUCAAAAAAAUAUGUUGUGUACAUCUAAUCAUACAUAUAAUCUAUUCAUAUAUCAUACAUAUAAUCUAUAUUCUUUGCUGCUGCACUGAUUGGCCCUUUGUUCUUUUAUCUAUAGGGAAAGUAAUAAAAACAUUUAUUGUGAAGAAGUAAUACAAGAUAUUAAAAGAAGCAAAGUUUAAAAUCAAUUUCUACUAGUCUCGGGUGCUUUCUUCACGACUGAACUCUGAAGUAAUGCUGGAAUUUUCCAAGAGUAGAAAUACAUCUCCAGGAGUCUAACCUGGAUCUUUUAUUUUAUAAAAGAACUAACCAGUGAUGUAUUUUUACAGGAAGAGGGAAAACCGGAGUUCCCGGAGAAAACCCUCGAAGUACAGGAGACAUUUUCAGAUCUACUGACGCGAUUGCAUUUGCAUCGGCCGUUUUGCAAACACAAUCCUGCCAGCAACAACUUCUAACAAGUUGUUACCUGCACUUCAUGCAUGCACAUGCACUAAACUUAUCUACUUUUUCAUGCACUUAACUUAACUUGGAAAAAAAGGGCAAAGGAGAAGAAAAGAUUAGUAACACAUAGGGGCAAGGGGGGCAAAGGAGAAAAAAAAAUUAGUAACACAUAGGGGCAAGGGGGGCAAAGGAGAAAAAAAGGGCAAAGGAGAAGAAAAUAUUAGUAACACAUAGGGGCAAGGGGGGCAAGUGAGAAGAAAAGAUUAGUAACACAUAGGGGCAAAGGAGAAGAAAAGAUUAGUAGUAACACAUAGGGGCAAGGGGGGCAAAGGAGAAAACAUGAUUAGUAACACAUAGGGGCAAGGGGGGCAAAGGAGAAAAAAAGGGCAAAGGAGAAGAAAAGAUUAGUAACACAUAGGGGCAAGGGGGGCAAAGGAGAAAAAAAGAUUAGUAACACAUAGGGGCAAGCGGGGCAAAGGAGAAGAAAAGAUUAGUAACACAUAGGGGCAAGCGGGGCAAAGGAGAAAAAAAGAUUAGUAACGCAUAGGGGCAAGGGGGGCAAAGGAGAAAAAAAGGGCAAAGGAGAAGAAAAGAUUAGUAACACAUAGGGGCAAGGGGGGCAAAGGAGAAAAAAGGGCAAAAGAGAAAAAAAGGUUAGUAACACAUGGGGGGACCUAGGCCUAGGCAAAAAAAAAGGGCAAAGGAGAAAAAAAGGUUAGUAACAGAUAAACACAUAGGGGCGAAGGCGAACUGGAAAAAAGUUAGUAAAUAGGGGAAGAGAUGGGAGAAGGCAUACAUACAUAAACACAUACAUAAACACAUACAUAAACACAUACAUACCAUAGACACGAGGGACACGAGUACACGAUGACAUGACUAACUGACUGCUCUGGCUGCGCUCUUUUAUAGGGAAUUUGGUUGCUUGCAUAAAUUAUUCAUAAGGAUAAAAAAAUACUGUUUUUGAUUGGUUUGUUUGGGUGUCGGACGGUUGAGGAGAUAGGUCCUAAUAAAAAAUUCACACGAAAUUGUCCAAAAUAUGUUUCUUACAUGAAGUACCCCACACAUUCUUUCAAAAUGGCGAAGAAAUGCAGAGCUCCCACAAAACGACAAAAUUAUGGCGACGAAAUUGAGAUAUAAUAUCCUACAAUAGCUUUUCAUUCUCUGUGCAUUCCGAACUUAAAGAAUAAGUGUUCCCAAUGUCUUAAAUUGCUGGUAUGGUAUAAAGAUUUUAGGCACGAUAAAAUGUCUUUGAUUAAAAAGUUAAAAACGUUUACAUUUUAUAUUAAUAGCAAAAGCAAGAUGCAAUGCCGCGCUUUAGCUGUUCUUCUCAAUUCUGGGGCCGGUUGUUCGAGGCCCGUUUAGUUUAUAAAAACACGGAUGAGAAAAAUUUAGAAAGCAAGAUGCAAUGCCGCGCUUUAGCUGUUCUUCUCAAUUCUGGGGCCGGUUGUUCGAGGCCCGUUUAGUUUAUAAAAACGGUGGAUAAGUCGAAAAUAUUGAUCAAGUUUGUACAUUCAUCAAGCAACCAAACUAAAAUAUUUCAACUUGAGUAGAGACAAUUAUGUUUGCAACUAUAUAUUUAGUGCAUCAGAUUUAAGUUCAGUCAUUUAUAAAUGUGUGAAUCUGUUAGUUAAUAAUUUUGACUUAUCCACCGUUUGACGGGCUUCGAACAUCUUCAUAUACUUUUAACUGUAUACAUAUAUAUAUGGGUUUUGUUAUUUGAUGAAUAUUUUGUGAGAUGUAUUCCAAGCCUUACUAAUUUAAUUGAUCUCAAUUGCUUGUACAAUUAUAGAUUCUAUGACUAAAGCACAGCUCGUCUUUCGCUUGUGUCGUACGAUUUCAAGAUGGCCGUCAACGGUAAAAUGUCAAUUGAUUAAAAACGUUUACAAACAUCAUGUAAUUAAUAAAAAUGGCUUAAAACAUUAGGAAAACACAAAAGGAAGAGAUAAGAUUUGCCCACAAGUGCGAAUGAGCAAAAUUUAAGCAGUGUUUUAAAUUGACAGUUCAGGAGACAAUUAGUAGCUGUAUACGUCGGAUAAAUUCUUUGGCCCUUUGGUGAAAUGUUCACCCGUAAGCAAUUUUCACAGUUGUGUUUUAUAAAGUGUGAUGAUCAAGCACUAAUUGUGGUCGUCUUGUGUUUGCUGACAAUACAUGAGGUGGAAACAUUCAAAAAUACUAGCUAGGGUUGGGAUUAGGAUUUAGGAUUUGCUUAGUUCAGAUGGAAAUUGAUCCUAUAUAUAUAGUACUAGCUGAUCUUUUGUAUUGUUCAUUUUAGACUGAGAUGGCAGAAUAUGUUUCCAGUUUGAUGAACUUAAUCUGUAUGAUUCAUACCAUAUCUCAGUAUUACAACACAUCAGAACGUGCAUGACAUCAUUGUUUGUUAAACUAACCAAUCAGAUUAUUUCAACAUGCAAAGCAUAUAUCAACAAAGGAGGAAGCAGAAUCUGGGAUUCACCCAAGAUAUGGGUUUAUCGUGUGGACAUGCAGGUCUCUUGGCAUGAUCGUAACUUAUCAGAUGAGUGCCAGGUGGGAGAGAGCACAGAAUGAAAUUUUUCUUCUUUACAGAGCUUCAGGUUUGACUUCCACUAACCAAUCGGAAUGUAUUUUGUCUACACAAUUAUAUAAAAUGUGUACUGAGCCAGUGAAAUGGUAUUGGAAGUGAAAUUUGAACCUGUCUGUCUAAUUAAGAGUUGCCCACAUUCAAGAACAUCAGUGCCUCAGCAUGAUCUAACCAUAUUUAUUUCAGCAGCAUGUACACUACAAGAUCAGAUCAUACAUUCAAGAGCAUGUCCUACCUUAAAGAUUUACUGUAUGUAUACAGUAGCAUGGUUUAACCGUUAGUUAUUACAUAUAUAUAUACUGUACUUUAGAGAUUAAACACUGUCAUCAAGAUUGCAAGAAGCAAGAUUGCACAAAGUUUAUCAGACAGCUUUCCACAGAACAAAAAACAAGCUGAAAGAGACUCGAUCAGGGUGAAAGACAGUUUGAAUUCAGGUAUAUAUGUGAAUAAUUUAUAAUAUCUACUGUAAAAGGAGUAUGUAGUAAGCCCAUUUAUAUAGUAACUAACACUGAUUAAUAAUGAUGUUUACUCUAGUGAGAACUAUAUAUUUGGCAAGUUUGAUGCAUUUUGUAAGCGAUUUGAGAAACUCGACGACAUGCUGAUAGCAAUGGAGAAUCUUUCUGGACUUUUGAAGAUAAAAUUGAGGUAUGCAUAAUUUUUGUUGACUUCAAACAAGAAGUCUCGGGCAUUUUUGCAGACGAUUAAAUAUAAAUUUAUCUCUUAGUGAAUUGAUAGUGGUCAAAUACCAAAUCAUUGUUGCCCCAGUUAAGAAAAAGACUUAAAAUAUUGCAUGGGAGAGUGUUUUGUUCUAAGUCUAGUAGACAACAAUACAAUGAUGAACAUUUUUGUUGCAGUUUGGUACGGACCAUGAAGAAUUCAAACAAAGUGUCGAAGCUUUGAAAAAACAAACUUAAACUUUUUGUCGAUUCAUCGUUUGAAAAAUCUUUAUCUGUAAGUCAUGCAAGGCAGAACAACUAAUUAGAAUGACAUCUACACUAUGUUACACUUUUUUGUAAACGUGUCACCCAUUGUUUUCUAGACAACUUAUGCGCUGGAGUUACUGGGAAAGUUUGAGAAUAUCAAAGGAGUCCAGUUGUAUCUCAAUGACAGAUAUGAACAUUUGAUCCAGUACAGAAAGUACGUCAUAGCUUUACAACCUUUGAUGACGCCCAGUUUUAGUCUUGGAUUUCUGAAUUAGUAAAUUGAGAAAUGCUAAAGUAGUUCAAUGCUGAAUGUCUUUUUCUAGGGAUCUUGAAACAUGAUAAAAAUUUUAUCAAAAGUGUAAGCACAACCCUCCAGUACAGAGAAAUCUUCCUCUGGUGAGUAAAUCUCGCAAAUUCUGUUACUGUACAAAUCUGUCAUUUAAAUAAGUCAUUUAAGGUUACUCCACAUGAUGAAAGUCCAUUUCAGGAAAAUGCUCGCUGCGCACUAAAUUUUUCAGUUCCCCCCCUCAAAUUUGGCACUCACAACAAUAAAUCAUUGCUGCUGCUACUACUUUAACAAAAAUUAUACAUUUUUAAAAACUAUGGUUGUUACGAGCUGCUUUUGAAAAUAUGACGCACUUCGCGCGACGAGCUUUAGAACCAUCCGAUUAAACUCAGAAGCUUCCGAAAUAUCACAUUUCCCAUGUUAAAUGAUCAAAGAACAAAACCGUGUUCGCGUUUUUUGACAGGUAUUAUAUUUGCCGAGAUAUAAAGCAGAUAAGUUGACUCAUCAAAAAUUUGCAAUAACGAUAGAACAGAAGCCUAUAAUUUGAAAACUAAAGCAUUAAAAGAAAAACGCGAACACGGUUUUGCUCCUCUGAUGUUGUUCUACAUCGUGGUAAAGAUUUGGUAGCAAUUGAAUAAAACGUGCCCGUUCCAUAACUCGUUUUGUGAGGACAACCGGGCUGAUAAUUCCUUCUCUGUAAAAGACAAAAAGUGAUUUCGCCGAGAUUUUCCGUUCUCUGUUAUGUUUCUCCGCCCCUUGUCAUCACUUCAAACUGAAGCCAAUCAGGUUCGACUUUUAAAGUGUGUUUUGGCUGGGUUUCAUUUUGACUCAGCAUCAAUGACAAGGUGAUAAGCAAGCGCAUUUUAUAUAGUUAUAUAUAAGAUUGAUCACUUUUUAAACCGGCGUUUUACUUAGAACGCAAAUUACACUGUGUUGUGUGCGUGUACCUACAAUAUUACAGUGAUGUAGCUAUAUCUAAAACAAACAAGUCGCCCAACUUGAAUACCGCCACGGAUGUGUAACAUGCACCCUGUGGUCAAACCAUAUGGUCAAACUUAUCCACAAACUGUCAAUCACAAUUAAAACUUUCCCGGGGGAAAUAUAUUAGACUAUAACAUUUUCGGUUAUAUCUCGGUUGCAUUUUAAUAUUUUCAAAAAAUAUUUGCGGAAAUGGAAAGAUCUCUAGCCCCUCGAUAUAAAUCGAUAAAAAUGUAAAAAAGGACAAAAUCAAUGUUUUCAUCAUAUGGAGUAACCUUAACAAAAUGGUAUUGUCUCACAGGUUGCUGGGAAGAUCACAUGGUCCAGACAGUUAUUUUGUCAUAUUCAUGAACCAAUGAAAGUGUUUUGUCGAUAUCCUGAAGUUUGAAGGUAUGGUAUAUGUUUAUUUAACCCUUUACUGUAGGUGGCAAUGCACCCUGAUGCACCCUAUUUUAUUAUUUUACUCUGUCUAACGCCAGAGUAUUUUACUCGUCAAGUGGAGAGUACUGCCACUCAAUUGGUAAUAACCAAACAAGCUGGCCUUGCAUGCAUCUUCUUUACCCUUUAAGUGGCAAUGCACCCUGAUGCACCCUAGUUUAGUAUUUUACUCUGUCUAUAAAUGCCAGACAAUUUUACUUGUCAAGUGGAGAGUGCUGCCACUCAAUGGGUUAAUAAUUCUACCUUCUUGUGGCUGUCACGAUCAUGUCUAGGACCAUGGCAUCCGCAUUUUGAUGAUGAAUCAUGGUAGCGGCAGUUGACCACAAAGAUUCCGACAGCAUUACCAAUUUUCCGACUGGUCUCAACAAUAGGGGGUGUGUCACUGUGUGCCCCCCGGCCAUGGCGCACUGGUCAGGCAACAGAUGAUGGUCAACCUGCAGUUAUGAGAGUGAGAGAAUAAUUAUAUUUCAUUAUUUAUAGAAACUGAUCUUCAAAUUCUUGAGCUGAUUCGUGAAUGUCGAUGCAUGUGUUGUUUGGGACUUGAGGUAAUAAUAUUUCUCUUUGCUGCUCUCAAUAUCAGUUUGACUUUUUGAUUACUUCUUCACUUUCACAGCAAAUUUUUUCAUUGUUCCACAGACCAAUUUCUAUUAACCAGUGUUACUUUUAACAAAAGACCGGCAAACAACAUACUGUAGAUAAGUUAAGAUAACUAAAACUUUGAGAAGAAACAGAUUAACCCUUUUAAUAUCCUUAUAGUUCAGGAUCUAGCUAUAAAAUCGUUAAUGUCAAGUCUUUGGGCUAAUUUAUGUCUCUGGGUUGAGAAAUAAUUCCUUACAUGCGAUCAAAAUGUUUUAUACAAAGUGUAAAACAGGAAUCUGUAUGUAAUAGGUCAGCAUUUAAAUUUCGAAAACAGUUUCCGAGACGUAAUUCAAGAGAUAACUUAUCAUUGCAUUUGAACUAUUACAUCAGUUGGUGUUAUACUGUGUGAUAAGCAAAUAUUAUUGCCAUACACUUUGAAAUCACCAAACAAACAGCUCAUGCAGACAUUUCUCCACUUCAUCGUAAAAUUAUACAGAGCAUAUUUUAUACUUAAAGUAUAGGGUCUGAAAUUUCACUCACAAUAAAUUCAGGUCAGGGUCUAAAAUUUGCAGUAUCCCAAUAUCCAAGGGAUACCAAAAUUUUGGUUUUGGAUAGCAAAAUGUGAAUGACUUGUAUCCCAAGAAAAUGUUAAACACCUCGGCUUCUGAUAGCUUUUGAAUACUAGCAGUUUUCCACCAGUCUUUCCUCAUCGAGGACUAACAUACAGAAGUUUGUUGAAGGAUUAUUACUACAUUAUGUGCAUUUUAGUGUAUUUUGAGUCUCCUGUUGUUUUACGGGUAUGGCGUGUUCUUUUAGUGUUUCUAACCAAUGGCAACUUCUAUUUUGUACAGGUUACACAUGCGAAGUUAAGGUUGAAAGAGUUGGAUGUUUUAAUGAUAAAAGUCGACCACUUGAUAAAUUGCUUGCCAUUUAUCGUCGAAUACCAUACAACCACAAAGAACAAAAGAUUGCUUUGCCACGGUAAUGAUUAGCUACAACGCAUGCGCAUUUAUAGUUAGAGAUGCACAUUUUACGUAAUGACGCUGUGGUAUUAUGCCAGAGAUUUUACCACUCUCGCAAAUGGCUUUAUGUUGUGCGGUAUUUCUACGAGCGUGGAACAACCUCUGGCAGCCGUGGUAAUAUAUACCAGUGUAUUUAAAUAUAGUCUAUGCGCAUAAGCGCAUUUGAUUUGAGGCAAACAUUUGGGGGUAAUGUAGUCUCCUACGCAGGCAUCUCGUGAUUGACCUGGGGUGGCUUGGCUUUAGCAAAUUCUGCCUGCCAAUCAAAAGGCGAUGCGAUGUGGAAGAGGCUUUGGGUUUGUGACUGUGUUUAUAUUUACCAGUUUCAAUGUCUAUAAACAUGAUCCUGCAUGUAUCCAUUUGAUUAGAGACGGCUGCUGUAUAAUAUAAUCAUGCUCAUAAGAAUUUAAAGAAUACCAGUUUUCAGUAGCUAGGUAAAUAGGUAAAACUUUAUUUAAAAGAUCACACGCUGGCCCCGUCAACUAUACGCUGAUUUCCACGAGGGGCGUGUGGAUUACAUGAUAUCAUAUGACAAAAUAUUAUGCACACUAAACUACAAAUAACUACAAAACACUGAUUAUGUACAAAACUAAUAACAUAAUUAAUAUUAGAAAUUUUCAGCGUCAAUUACAUUUAUGAAUGUUGGUAAUGUAUCUGAAUCACGCAUCUGUGCAGGUAAUGAUUUCCACAGUUUAGCUCCAUCAUAACAAAAGCUUUACUUAAGGUUUUCAGUUUUUGGCAAAGGUAGUUGUAGUGAGGUAGAGGAGCCCCUAAGAUCAUAUUCUGUUAUGUUUCUUUUGUGUACGAAAAGAGUAGCGAGUGAACUUGUAGCCAAAUCAUUUAGAACUUUGCACAUUUAUUUAGCUUUAAAUCUCGCAAAUUCUUUUACUGUACAAAUCUGUCAUUUAAAUAAGUCAUUUAACAAAAUGGUAUUGUCUCACAGGUUGCUGGGAAGAUCACAUGGUCCAGACAGUUAUUUUGUCAUAUUCAUGAACCAAUGAAAGUGUUUUGUCGAUAUCCUGAAGUUUGAAGGUGUGGUAUAUGUUUACUUAACCCUUUACUGUAGGUGGCAAUGCACCCUGAUGCACCCUAUUUUAUUAUUUUACUCUGUCUAACGCCAGAGUAUUUUAUUCGUGAAGUGGAGAGUACUGCCACUCAAUUGGUAAUAACCAAACAAGCUGGCCUUGCAUGCAUCUUCUUUACCCUUUAAGUGGCAAUGCACCCUGAUGCACCCUAGUUUAGUAUUUUACUCUGUCUAUAAAUGCCAGACAAUUUUACUUGUCAAGUGGAGAGUGCUGCCACUCAAUGGGUUAAUAAUCCUACCUUCUUGUGGCUGUCACGAUCGUGUCUAGGACCAUGGCAUCCGCAGCAUUACCAAUUUUCCGACUGGUCUCAACAAUAGGGGGUGUGUCACUGUGUGCCCCCCGGCCAUGGCGCACUGGUCAAGCAACAGAUGAUGGUCAACCUGCAGUUAUGACUUAUGAGAGUGAGAGAAUAAUUAUAUUUCAUUAUUUGUAGAAACUGAUCUUCAAAUUCUUGAGCUGAUUCGUGAAUGUCGAUGCAUGUGUUGUUUGGGACUUGAGGUAAUAAUAUUUCUCUUUGCUGCUCUCAAUAUCAAUUUGACUUUUUGAUUACUUCUUCACUUUCACAGCAAAUUUUUCAUUGUUCCACAGACCAAUUUCUAUUAACUAGUCUUACUUUUAACAAAAGACCGGCAAACAACAUACUGUAGAUAAGUUAAGAUAACUACAACUUUGAGAAGAUACAGAUUAACCCUUUUAAUAUCCUUAGUUCAGGAUCUAGCUAUAAAAUCGUUAAUGUCAAGUCUUUGGGCUAAUUUAUGUCUCUGGGUUGAGAAAUAAUUCCUUACAUGCGAUCAAAAAUAAAGUACCUACCGAAGCAACAUUUGCACCAUCAGCACCAACAUUUCAGACAACACAACCAAGUAAACAACCAUCAUCGACACCACCAGAAUCAACAUUCCACAAGUCACCAUCAACACCAGAAUAUAUACCAUCAGAAUCAACAUUCCAGAUGCCAAAUAACUGACCAUCAGAACAAAGAAUCCAGAUAAGUAUAUAUAUAUCUUCAGUACAAACUGAUAUGACAGAACCAACAACUCUACCUUCAGAACCAUCAUUACAGAUGACAGAGAAACCAACUAUACCAUUGUUGCUAAACAAUGCAACACCCACCACCUGAGAUGGCAGAAAAGAUACCAUCCAAUGUGGCACCAGUAUCUAGCACCAAGCCACCAUGCUAUGAUACGCUUACCACCUGUGCUGACUUCACAUCAUUCUGUUCAAAUAAAUAUCCUUAUAUGUUAGAACAAUGUCCAAAAACCUGUCAGCAUUGUGACUAACAAACAUGGAAAAGUAAUUAUCUCAAACUAAUCUAUGGAUGCAUAGAUCUUCAUAUUGUAAUUGGGACACAAUAAAACUUUAUUUCUGGAGGACAGUAAGAUAGAUAAUGCUAGAUAAUGUAGUUUCAAAUAUUUACAAACAACACUACUAUCACUAUUGACGUUUCUUGUGAUUUUUCUGCGUUUGGUUCUUGUUUGAUGGUCUAUAUUUCUUCAACCAUUUCACAUUUGUCUGAGCAGCGUAGGAUGGAAAAUCUUUCCAUUUGCGUCAUAAAGUUUGGGUUUAUAUCCAUACUUGUUGUCACAUAUGUAUCUCAUAUCAGGCAACAAUAACCUCAUAUUUAAUGGUAUGGAAAAUUGGAUGGAUUUACCUUUGGUAAAAUUUUUAGUUUGUAUGUCUUGUUCGUACAGUUUUUAAAAAAUAAGAUGAAAUAAGAAAUAGGUGGAUGCAAGCUGAUCUGGGAUGGUGGGUAAUGCAUUUUGGGUAUGUACUUCUACCCACACACACACGCACGCAGUGGGUAGAUUGCAUAUGUCGGUGGGGGUCAGUUUGCAGAACGUGGCACAUUUUGACGAGAUAUGGUAAACCAUAUUUCUGAGGUGCAGGUGCAUUUGAAAUUAUCAGGUGUGCACCUGAAGUUGUAAAAAUCACCCCCAAGUGCAUCUUUCUUACUGGCCUUGGAUCCAAAUAGUUCCAGAUGGUCCCAGACUCCCAGUUGAGAGACCAAAGACAAAUAAAAAAUACUCUUCGCGGAAAAGAAUUUGCAAGUGGAAAUCGAUCACCUGCAAAUCUCUGUCUUCCUACAACUUGAUUUCCACGUCACUAUCUCACUCAUCCAACCGAAAUGCACCUUUUCGGCAUCAAGCUAACAGGAGUAAUGAGGUCGCUAUAUUUUGAAAGAGAAUUUGCCCUCGGGUGCACUUGUAAAUCUUGAUAUAAUUUACCUGAUGACUUUCGUGUAAAAUGUGAUGAUAUAUGUCGAAUUUGUUGGUGUGAUGUUUAUAUGUCGAAUUUGUUUGUGUGAUUUUAUGUCGAAUUUUCUGUUUAUUCGAAAAAAUAGAAAACUAUUUAAUUCAAAUGCUUUAUGAUACUGUAUUCACUAGGGGUUGACUAUACCUAUUCAAUAGUCGGUAUAUAUAUUGGUUCAUAUUUAUAAAGAUUAUCAUAUGAAUCAGUUCAAUCAUACAGAAUAGAGAUUGUAGAUUUUAAUAUUUUAUACACUGUUACUUACGGGAAUUGAAUUACAAUGCCUCCAAAAUUGUUGGGAAAGUGGAGAGAAAACGUUGUGAAGCAGAAUAACAUUAAAAAGUAACGCUCAAGAAAAACAGUAACGCUGUUUUUCUACUUGCUGGUUGGAACAUGUUUAUUUUUGCUGUAUAAACACGUCAAUAUGGUGAUGCUAAUAGAUCUCAGCUUGUAAAUUAUAUUGUACAGUAAGGGGUAUGAGAAAGCUAACAUACUGUAUCACCAAACUUAGUCACAAAAUUAGCACAAUAAAUGUAUGAACAUUUUUAAAAUAUUUUUUUAAUUAUACAAGCUUUGCAAUGUGCAUGGAAAUUUGAGGCCUAAAGGUAUAAUAUAUUCAAAUAUAAUAGCUGCAUGUACAAAAUAUCUCUGCAUGCAAGGAGUUUUUUUAGACUCAGUUUUGGAUUCACUUUUCUCUUUUUUACUGCGAUAUAUCUCGUUUUCUCCAGCGUGGAGGUGGUUUCAACUGGUUUUUCGCUUUCUGAUUGGCUGGAUGAUUCAUUUUCACUCCUAUGAUUGGUUCUUUAUCUCCACCAACAUUACUGUGACGUUGUCAGAACUUCCUUUUCUGAUUGCAUCGCCCGCCAAUCGACUACAUGCUGUCUCGUACACAGACGUCUCCGUCACGUCUUCAGAAUCUAAAAGAAAGAAACAUAUUUUAAAUUAUAUAUAUUUAUUAUGUCCAUGAAUCGAAUACAUUUGUCUAACUUAUGUAUACAUGUGUUAAUAUUAUAGUUAUACUGAUUGAUAAAUAAUUGAUAUACAUGCACUGUAACGAGCCAUACCUUUUCCCCUUUCUGGUUUCUCUUCCUAUAUAAAACCAAGUGAAAUAAUUAAUAAAAUUGAUCUUUCGUAAACAGGAGUAGUGAUACGAAUAUUUAUUCAAACCUCAAGAAUGUCGUUGAUAUACUUUAAAGCUUCGUCUACUUCAAAUCCCUUCCACAAACCAUCAUGUGCGAGCAAAAGAAAUCUAUAAAAACGAGAAAGACAACAAUGAUUUCAAUGAUGCAUUUGGGAUAAGCGAGUGAAGACCAAUAUGCCUGAAUUAAUAUUAAAGUCUUUGUCGGUGAGACAGCAUCUCAAGACACACUGUAAAACGUCCGUCACCAAAUGAACGUGAAACUUCAAGAAUGCCAAGCACUCGUCCAUCUCUAAAAGAUACAUACUGCAGUAUAAAGAUAGUGGAAAUUUUUGUUACCAGAGAGCUUUCUAGUCUCUAGUACAGUAGUAGCGAGAUAUAAAUGUUCUACAAAGAUCUUGUGGGAUGUACUGACUGGACAUUUCCUCCUGAUUUUUGAAUGCGAAGUCGUUCCUCGUACUGAAAAAGGAAGACCGUAUUUAACCAAUAUAAAUCAUGGUAGUACACAGAAACUUCAUAUAUAGUCUUUAUAAUAUACUGAUCUGUGUUGGGGAGUGAUCUUUUGUCAGCGACACAACGCUAUAUUAAUGCCUUAAUUAAAGCAAAGGAAUAAGAAGUUUGUUCCUGCAAUUAUAUUGUUAUACGAUGCUUGUCACAAGAUUCAAUUUAACCAACUGACCAAUAAAUUUCAUAUAAUUUACAAAGAUGUUGGAAACAAAUCCGCACCAUCAAUGAUCCGCACAAAGACCGCGAGCGCCGAAGUUCGACGUCCAAUUGCUUGGCAACUUGCGAAAAGGUAAAAAAUAAUGGUUGCCAAAAGUACCCACUUCUAGUUCUACUUUGUGCAAAGCUUGAUGCAUGCAGAGGAGACCAUGGAUUACGGGUUGCCCAAGGAAAGUUGGCAUCACUUCACAUUCGCUGCGUGAGUUUGUUAGUCCAGCUGUCCAGGGCUCGAAAUAACGUUCCCAAUGUUCCGGAUCAUGGUAAUCAGCAGUCACGAUUUUCUGCUGAUCAAAUCAUACCUAAUUUUAAGAAUUUUUUAUCGCUGCACAUUUUAUGCCAAAAAUUUCCGAAUGACUAAGAAAAUUUCCGAAUAUUCGGAAAAUUUUGGCGACCUCGCCAAAAAAAUUUUGGUCAGUGUACCAUUUUAAGGGUCAAAAAAUUUUUCAGGACAUACCAAAAGCC